AUGAGUGGCGAUGAAAUGAAACCUUUAUCCGCAAGAGAUCGCCGAUAUUCUGUAAGUAAUGCAUUUAGUAAUUAUGUUUUUACUAUUGCCAGUCGUCAGUCCUUAAUUUCGUUCAAUGUGAAUAUGUUAUAUAAGAAUGCAUAAUAAAUCGUGCCAUAUAUAUUCAUUAAAAUUAUAUGCAUUCAUACCUAACAGGUAAUAAAUGUUAAGUGGUCAAGUACAUUGCUAAAAGAGGAAGGUGAACCCUCCACCUUGACUGAACAAGGUGAAACCUCAACAAUGGCUGAAGUUUAUACUGACAAAGGUGAACCAUCUACUUCAACAUUGACUGAUCAAGAUGAACCCUCAACAUGGCCUGGGCCUAGUGGUACAGAGGAUACAUUUGUCCAAGCAAUUGACCAGGUUGGUAGUUGUAAACUAUUGUAUUUACUUAAUAUUAUUUUAUUGAAGUUGCUUGUAAAAAUUGCACAAAGCUGAAAUAAGAGCUACUGCGAUUGAAAAUGUGACAUAUGGUAAAAGUGUGCAAAUAGUGAAUGCAAUCAUUAAAAAGUACUUUUAAAAUGUUUUUGAGCAAUAUAUACUGUACAAAGUGUUGUGUUUAUUUAAUUAAAUGAAUAAUAUUCUUAACUUUAUUCUUAUAGCAUUUUUCCUAAUAAUGAAAACCUCAUGAUGGAACUGAAGUUUGUUGUCUUGCUCUCGCAAUCGUUGAAACUAUUCAAAGUUUGUGCAACAUGCAAGAAGCCUGAUGUGCUGGUAGAAAUGAAAGAGUUUGGCACAAUGGUUCAAGUUGAGAUGACGUGCAACAACAAAAUAUGUCCAGGGGGAAAUAAAGUCUGGAAAAGUCAAUCAUUGAUGCCUGGCACUUUGGAUUGUCCUCGUAAUAAAAAAUAA